AAAAAAGAACCGCAGGUCAGCUCCAACUUGCUAUUGCGCUUUAAUCAGCCGCAGGUGAUAGUAAUGUCUUCUUUAGAGUCCCAACUUGAUAGUGAUAGCUCAUCAUCUGACUGUGAUGCGUUCUCCUUGACAAAUAAAUUGUAUGGUGAACUGUCAAAAGAAGAUGAUAGUAGUUCAAAAAUGAGUCGUGAUUUGAUUCAUACCACUGCCGUCCAUGUUUCUAUAACAGUUUCAACAAUGUUAAGAGGCAAGAAGCAUGCUAAUGGGGGCAUAAGAUGUCGCAGGCGUUACAUUCAGCGCGAUAGAAAGGAACGUCAUGAGGUAAUUAUGAAAGACUAUUUCAAUGGUGAUCAAUCAAAGUAUACCCCAGAUCAUUUUCGUAGAAGAUUUCGAAUGGAUGUGAAACUGUUUACUCGCAUAUUGGAAGCAAUAGAGAAAAAUGAUAGUUACUUCUCUUUAAAGUUUGAUGCCACCGGAAAAGAAGGAUUAAGUCCUUUACAAAAAACCAUAGCUGCGGUCCGGAUGCUUGCAUAUGGUUGUCCAGCUGAUCUUUUGGAUGAAUAUGUUCAAAUUGGGGAGAGCACUGCAAUUCAAAGCCUUAAACAUUUUUGUGAUGCAGUGAUAAGUGUUUUUGAACAAGAGUAUUUGAGAAAACCAAACGAAAAAGAUAUUUUGGGCCUUCUUCAAGAAGCAGAAGGGCGAGGUUUUCCUGGUAUGUUAGGGAGUCUUGAUUGUAUGCAUUGGCAUUGGAAGAAUUGUCCAACCGCUUGGCAUGGUACACAUACAAAUGGUUUUAAACGAGUUCCAACUCUCAUAUUAGAGAUUGUUGCUUCAAGAAAUUUGUGGAUUUGGCAUGCAUUUUUUGGGAUGGCUGGUACUAAUAAUGACAUAACAGUAUUAGAUAGAUCUCCACUAUUUGAUGAUAUUAUUAAUGGCAUUUCACCACCAUGUAGCUAUGUAGUGCAAGGUCAUCAUUACGACAUGGGGUAUUAUCUGACUGAUGGAAUUUAUCCACAAUAUGCUACAUUAAUGCAGUCUAUCUCUCAGCCUUCUUCUCUUAAAGAGAAAAUAUUUUCUCAACGCCAAGAAUCUAUAAGGAAGGAUGUGGAGCGUGCUUUUGGGGUUCUUCAAAGUAGAUGGCAUAUUGUAAAAGGCCCCGCACGCAUGUGGAAUGAAAAAGAUUUGGGGAAGAUAAUGAAGACUUGUAUCAUCUUGCAUAAUAUGAUCAUUGAGAGUGAAAGUAGCCAAGGAAUGGAUCCUGAAAAUUGGCAACCUCUUGGAGACGAAAGAGUUGAAAACGUGGAAUUAGAACGUGAUUAUAAUUUUAUUGUCUCUAGAAUGAUUGGAAGAAUGAAACAAGUGCGAGAUAAAAGAGUUCAUAGGGAUUUAAAAAGUGAUCUCAUCAAUCAUAUAUGGGAGUUAUAUGGUGGUCAGCAAACAAGUUGAUAUUAUAUUAUAUCUUUUAAUAAGAAAGACUCAUAAUACUCAUUAGUGUUUAAUGUUGUUUCUGUAGUAUGAUGUUAUGCUCUUAAUUAUUAUUGUUCUCAGAUUUGUGUUUGUUUUUUGAUAGAAUUAUG